ACAAGUUAGUUUGCUAAAUAGCUUAAAAGUUUUGAGCUCUUAGUCUUCUUUUUCUCUUAUAUAUCUCUCCCUUUUCAAGUUAAGGAAGAGAAUAAAAGAAAAAGAAAAAGAAAAAGAAAAGCCAAAAGAUGGCUGCUUUAAAAUGGUUUCUAAGCUCAGCGUUCACUCAAGUUUUUGGACACAUGGAUACCGGCACCAUAACAACAGUGCAGCGGAACGAAGUUACAGCAUGUCCAAAUAAUCAAGAAUGUGUCAGUAACUUGAAGGAAGCAAGAAUGAUGAAGAAAGAAGACUACCCAGGUGGAUUUCAGGUGCCACUACACUACCCAAGGUACUCCAAGGCAGAUUAUGAGAAGAUGGAAGAUUGGAGACUCGACAUGCUUCUCAAUGAAUAUGGCCUUUGCUUUAAGGGUACCCUUGAUGAGAAAAGGGCUUUUGCUAUGGGUUCUUUCCUUUGGCCAGACCAACUUUGAAAUGGAGGAUUUACGUCACAGAUGGUAAUUAAAGCGCAGGUAUUGAAGAGACUGGCCUGCCUAUAAGCUCUAGUUUUGGUGAUUAUUUUACUGUAUACGUAAUUAGUGCAUGCUAGAAGGUUACAGGAGUUAAUCUGAAGCAAAGUCAAUUUUAAUGUAAAUUAUAAGUCCUGAUGAUAAUAAUAAUAAAUAAUUAUAUUAA